AUCUACCCCUAACACUGGCGUAAAUUAUUCGCCUCGAUUGCUAUCUAAACCUUGCCACAAUAUAUUUAUAUCGUAUUUUCCCUUAUAAUAUAUACGCCUCCUUAUCUCCCCAAAACACCAUACUCGCUCAGAAAUCGCAGGUAGAUUUGCGCCGAGGGGUGCUUCAACAUCGCAUCUAUGGCCUCCGCCGCGUUCUCCAUCAGGAGGUACGCGGAGAAAAUGAGGGUCGAGGCGGCAGCGGAGGGUCGUCGUCCCUUUUACAUCGAGGAUCUGUCGCCUAUCAAGGCGCCGAUAUUCUCGUGGUGGGCGGACGAACUCGGCUCCGCAGUGGCUGCUGCUGGUGCGGAUAAGCCGAAGAAAAAGCGGUCCAUCUCUAAACUCUUUAACUUGGCGUCAGCCUUGGACGUGCCCCCCGACGGUGGUAGCGGAUGCAACGAGCAAACGGAGGUGGAUGGCGCCGAGGUGAUCUGCGCCAUCGUGAGGCAGGCAAAGGAGGAGAAGUGCAAGAGGAGACGGCAGGCGGAGGAGGACGAGGAGGCAGCAGCUACUGCCGCGCCGGAGAACACUGGAGGGCGAGAGCCUGAUGAGAAUUUCGCGGCCACAAAGGAUGCAUUUGAGAGUCUACAUUUGCCCGAUGGACUGGAUACUCACCGAUCUCAGAAACCUGAGACUCCACAGCAUCACAGAAAAGUGAGAGAAAAUAUAUCUGGGGAGAUCAAUAGUGCGAAGAAGGCUGACACACAAAAGUGCACUGACAGGAUUAAAACUAACACGCAAAAGUGCAUUCUAACGUACACAAGGCGCACAUCCGUAAAAAUGGCCAAGGAGAAACAUGGCAAUUCAAAGGAGGUAGUAGAACUCUGCCGCAGAUCAGAGAACCGUGUCGACUUUUCAGAAGCAGAUAGUGUACUUGGCCGUAAGAUGCGUAGUUGUGAGCUACCUGAACAACAAAGUGUGUGCAAGCUGUUGUUGGAUGCUAUGGCUCCUUCAUCUUCAUCAUCAUCAUCAUCCACGUCUAUGGAAGAGGACAAAUGCGUAGCUGUAGGAAGUAGUACUUCUCAUAUGCCCAAGGAAACUUUUACCAAAACUAACGAAGCAACAAAGCAUUGCGAUCAUCACGACAAUAAUGAGCUUAGUAACCGAAAGAUGUCUGCUCCAUUUGAUCUGAAUAUGGCACCACCGGAAUGUACUUACUUGGACUGCGCCUAUGAUUCUAAUUUAGAGGUGCCCAAUGUUGAGAAUACACAUGAUGAAACUUCAAAUUCUGAUGCCGAAUUGCUUGUUGGUCCUCCACUGAGUUUAAGAGAACUCGGUGAGACUAGUACUUCUACGCGACAAACAGUUCGUUUGAUGGGUAAAGAGCUUGAAGUUUGCAUGACCAGAGGUGAAUCGUUUGCCGAGACUGCCAAGAAGCAUACAGUAAAUUCUACCAGUACAAUUGAAGCUUCAACAUAUCAUGCAAGCACAAGCCAGGCACAUGUUGAAAACAUGAAUCCAUAUGAUUCCAGUAACCCGUUUCCUACAGCUAAUGUAUCUUCUGGAGACCGAUUGUCAUAUGAAAACAGGUACGGGGAUUUUUCAAACUCGCAGACCAAUCAGCCUUUUCUAUUGGGGUUUCCACCUCCUUCCAAUCAUGGCAGUGCAGCAUUCUAUCAAAAUUCACGGCCCCCUUGCAGUUAUUUCUCCGAUCCUAUCCCUGGGGGAGAACCAUCCGCAGCAUCUUUUUUGCCAUUAAUCGGACAUCAUGGGGCUCCAUCUUCGGUUUGCCAUGAUAAUUUGCCUCGGCAACAUAUUGUGCAUUCAGCAAGCUCGUCAGUUUGCGCUCUUAACUCUGUGAAUUAUACACUUAGCCAUCCAGGCCCAGUAGUUCAAGAAGUUUCAAACAGCACAGGAAACGUGGCCCUUUUCUCAGGAAAUCUUGAGAACGGAACGGGGAGAGCUGUUCCUGACAAUUCGUCUGGUGAUCAGGCUGUGCAGGAGAGAUCAGGGCUGGUGAAGCUCACUCCCGGGGCAAAGCAUAUACUGGUGCCAAGCGAUAGCACGCAUGGCAACUCUCUGCCGGUGCACUCCUGUUUACCGUUUGGAAGUAGGGGCAAAAAUGCUGCAGGGUCUCAGAAUAAAGGAGCCUGAUCGUCGCUUCUUUAAUUCAAAUUUAUUUGUUCAGUUGGAGCCUUUUGAAAAAUGUUUCCAUAUUUCUUUCUAUAUAAAACUAGCUAGAUUGACUGACCUAUAAGGAGCCUGAUCGGCACUGCUUUAAUUUGCUUCCUUAGUAGUUGCAAA